AUGGCCGCUCCAGGCUGCACCUUCGAGCCGUCGGAGCAGGAGCUCACGGACGUCUGCCUCUACGGCAAGAUCACCGGCGCCGGCCGCGACGUCGGCGCCAUCCACGUCGCCGACGUGUACUCCGCCGACCCCGAGACUCUGGCGAAGUCCUUCGCGCCCGCGCCCGGCACCGGCAGAGGCGACAAGGAGCCCGAGUGGUACUUCUUCAGCCCCGUGCGCUACGCCAGCAAGAAGAAGAACUCCGGGAGAAGGGCGCGCAUCAUCGGCUGCGACAGCAACAAGAAGUGGCACUCGGAGAUCGGGGCGGUGCCCGUGGAAGGGAGCGCUGUCGGAGGCCACAAGGUGAAUCUCACGUACAUGGUCAGGAGCAAUGCGUCGGGGGAGAAGAAGAAGCACGAAAGGGCUGGGUGGAUCUUGGCCGAGUUCGGGAUCGCGCCCGAGCAUGGCGGCGGCCAACUCGAGCUCUGCAAGCUCCACCGCUCGCCCCACUUCCAGGAGACGGCGGCUGGUUCCAAGAAGAGGAAGGCCGCGGCCGCUGACGAGCUCUACUCGGCAGAUCGAUGCAAGAACCUGUGUCUGCGACAAGAAAUGCCUCAGGACCGGCCAAGGGAGCUCAUCGCCGGCAUCCUCACCCUCCCCUCUAUCCGCCUCCUCCUCCUCCCCGAUCUCCCCCAGACCCAUCAUAUGUUGGUCAAGGAAGAUGAAUAUGUGAAAUCAAGGGCCGAGUUAAUUGAGAAGGAGCUAUCAAUUUUUACAAAUUCUGAAGAGAAGGUAACAGCUGUUGCAGAUGUAACAUGA